AUCCAACGAGGCAAACCACUAAAAAGUCGACGGUUGGACCCAGAAAAUGGAGACACGGUGGCGUUUGGUUGCAAUUUCCAAUUCGGCGGCGUUUUCCUCGGCGAGUUUGGGCAACUUCACCGAUCACCAGGGUCCAGACCUUCUAAAACCAGAGGAGACUCAGAGACGUACAAUCGCUCCGGCAUGAUUUCUGCGGCAGCCAGUGUCCACCGUACUGCUUCACUUCCCCGCGCCCAAAACCUCACGCCCUACAAAUGGCGGCAUUUGUUGAAUCCCAAGUGGCCGUCGCGCUCGGCCAACCGGAGCUUCUCUCCGUUCUUUACUCUUAGAAAUAGUCACAGGCGCGAUUUCUCAUCUCCGAUCGUCCAAUUGAUCCCAAUUAAAGCUUCGGCAGACGAUACUCAACCUGUUGGCGGCGGUCCGGUCGGAGACGGAGUGCCGGAGCCGAGCUUCGUGGAGUUCAUUACUUCGGAGAGAGUGAAAGUUGUGGCUAUGUUAGCUUUGGCAUUGGCUUUAUGUAAUGCCGACAGGGUUGUGAUGUCUGUGGCUAUUGUACCGUUAUCCGAUUCGUAUGGAUGGAGUCAAUCUUUAGCAGGCAUUGUUCAGUCAUCUUUUCUAUGGGGCUAUCUGAUAUCACCAAUUGCUGGAGGGACACUAGUGGAUUAUUUUGGCGGCAAGGCAGUUUUGACAUGGGGUGUGAUUUUAUGGUCUUUAGCCACUUUUCUAACUCCUUGGUCCAUGGGGGUUUCCUUGCGGACACUGCUUUUCAUGCGGAUGUUGCUAGGCAUUGCAGAAGGCGUAGCUCUUCCCUGCAUGAACAAUAUGAUUGCAAGAUGGUUUCCACGGACAGAACGAUCAAGGGCUGUAGCUCUUGCAAUGGCGGGAUUUCAGCUUGGAAGUGCUAUUGGGCUCACUCUCUCUCCAAUUCUCAUGUCCCAGGGUGGUUUGUUUGGACCAUUUGUUAUUUUUGGUCUGUCCGGCUUUCUUUGGGUUCUGGUAUGGAUAUCUGCAAUCUCAAGUACACCUGAGCGGAGCAACCAAAUAUCAACACAGGAACUGCGCUACAUAGAACACAAGGGACUAAAUCAUUCUGCAUCUGACAGUAAAAUGAAAACUGCCAACGUGAUCCCACCGUUUAGACGCUUGCUAUCUAAGCCACCAACAUGGUCUUUAAUUGUUGCAAAUUCCAUGCACAGCUGGGGAUUUUUUGUGAUGCUUUCAUGGAUGCCAAUUUACUUCAAAACUAUAUACCGUGUUGAUCUCAGACAAGCAGCAUGGUUUAGUGCUGUUCCAUGGAGUAUGAUGGCAUUAAUAGGUUACGUUGCUGGUGCUUUAUCUGACCGUAUGAUUCGAAGUGGUAUAAGCGUUACACUGACCCGCAAAGUGAUGCAGUCAAUUGGUUUUUUUGGACCUGGGAUUGCCCUCAUUGGUUUAACUAAGGCUCCAACUCCAACAAUAGCAUCAGCUUGGUUUACUCUAGCUGUCGGGUUAAAAGCGUUCAGUCACUGUGGCUUCCUUGUAAACCUCCAGGAAAUCGCCCCUCAGUAUUCAGGUGUUUUGCAUGGUAUGUCAAACACCGCAGGUACACUGGCAGCCAUAAUAGGAACUGUUGGCACGGGCUUCUUCGUCGAGUUAGUUGGUUCUUUCAAGGGAUUUUUAGUGCUCACGUCAUUUCUGUACUUUUGUGCUGCUCUCUUCUAUAAUGUCUUUUCCACAGGAGAAAGGGUUAACUUUGAUGAAACUUGUUAGAUGUAUCAUCAUCCUUUCUAUAGCUCAGGGUUGUGGAUUUCCUGGCAACAUUAGCACUCUAUAUAGGUUUGAAGCAAAAGCGAAGUUUAGCAAAGAACCUGAUGGGGCUUGUGUUUGGGUCGCGAUCCAACCGGUUUGAAUGCCGGCCAAGUCUGAUAAACAUCGGAACAUGAAGAGCAUAUAUGUAAAUGAUAUUUUAGUCUUUCCAUUGCCAUGACACCAGUUAAGAAAAAAGGGUUGUAUAU